AUGGGAAUUUCUUCUGCUAAAGUAAAUUCAAGAGGCAUCUCUCAUGUGUCACUAUCCACUCUUAGUGGACAUGUUUUUGCUGGUUCACAUCCUGUGCUUAUUCUGGACAAAAUUUCAAAUAAUCAACCAGCCGUUCAGUUACCUAACUCUGUGAAAUCCACGCUUAAGGGUUACACUCUUGCUGACCCAACAUUUGAUUUGCCUGGUCCCAUCGACCUACUCAUCGGAGCGGAUCUCUUCCCUCAAACUCUACUCGGAUCCUCAGUCAGUCUUGGAGCUAACAUGCCAUAUGUUCUCAACACUAUUUUUGGCUAUGUUGUAAUAGGUACCACACCUAUCUUCAAAUCAGUUUCAUACCCUAUGGGCACUUCUACAUUCUUAUCUACCACUGAUAUCGAUCUUCACUCUACGCUACAGAAGUUUUGGUCUCUCGAAGAACCACCUUCAAUACCUCUUCUCUCGCCUCAAGAUAAAGACUGUGAAAAACAUUUCAUCGAGACACAUUCUCGUACUCCUAAGGGUAGAUAUGUAUGUCGCAUACCUUUCAAAGACAGUCCUUCUAAGUUAGGCGAUUCAUCUAACAUUGCCAAACGCACUUUUCAGUCACUAGAGCGCAAAUUUCAAACACAGCCAGAAUUCAAGAAAAAAUAUUCUGAAUUUAUGGAGGAUUAUAAGUCAUCUGGUCAUAUGAAACUAGUAGAUUCAGAUUUGAAUCUUUCACAUCCACACUGUUUCUUACCCCAUCAUGGAGUUUUCAAAGACGGAAAAAUCAGAGUAGUUUUCAACGCUUCGGCUCCUACAUCCACUGGUGUAACCUUAAAUAAUAUUCAGCAUCUAGGACCUAAACUACAUAGUGAAAUAUCCGAUAUAAUCUUUCGAUUUCGACAGCAUAAAAUAGUACUACUGUGCGACAUAAGACAAAUGUUCAGACAAAUUGAGAUUUAUCGUGAUGAUCAAGUUUUCCAGUUGAUUUAUUGGAGAGAGAAUGAAAGUUUUCCUCUACAGAUCUACCAGCUAACUACUGUUACUUAUGGACUUACCUCUUCACCGUACUUGGCUAAUAGAGUUGUGAAACAGUUAAUAACUGACGAGGGUGAGAAUCACCAACUUGCGGCAAAGGCCCUGAAAAAUCAGAUAUAUGUAGAUGAUGCUGUGUUAGGCUGUAACUCCAUUGAAGAAGCAUUGGAACUACAACGGGACGUCAUCAAUCUCCUGCAGAAGGGCGGUUUUGAGCUCCGCAAAUGGUCUUCUAACCAUCCAAAACUACUCGAUCAUCUUCCAAAGAAUUUUUGUGAAACCCCUCACAUAUUUCGUUCUACAGGUCAAUCGUACCACAGUGUAUUAGGCCUAAAAUGGAUUUCUGAAACAGAUGAAUUCUCUUAUAUGAUCAAUAAACCUUCUGAGAUCAUAACAAAACGGUCUGUCCUCUCUACCAUAGGACAAAUUUUUGACCCGAUUGGAAUGCUAGCCCCGAUUAUUUUUUGGGCUAAGACCCUAAUGCAACACAUAUGGACGUUAGGACUCGACUGGGACACACAACUCCCUCAGCCUAUAGCUGAAAAAUGGUCACAGUUCAUUCUAGAGCUACCUAACAUAGAAACUCUCAGAAUACCUCGAUACUUACAUUUAGCCAAUUGUGUAAAUAUUGAACUACAUGGAUUUUCUGAUGCAAGCGAGUGUGGUUAUGCAGCUUGUGUUUAUCUUAGAGCUGAAGAUUCUUCUGGAAAUGUCAAUGUGAAUCUGUUGAUUGCAAAGUCAAAAGUUGCACCGUUGAAACGUGUAACAAUUCCGAGAUUGGAAUUAUGUGGUGCUCAUCUGUUAGCAAAAUUGUUAAAUUAUUGUCACGAGCAAUUUUCUAGCUCUUACAAAACUUCCAUGUUUGCAUGGUGUGACUCCAGUAUCGCCCUGUCAUGGAUUAAAACCCCGUCUUAUCUACUCAAGCUUUUUGUUGCUAAUCGUGUGGCUCAAAUACAAGAACUUAUACCCAUUUGUACAUGGGGACAUGUGUCUACCAACGAUAAUCCUGCGGACUACGCUUCUCGCGGGUUAACCGCCUCAAGCCUACUUCAUCUUGAACAGUGGUGGUCUGGUCCCCAAUGGCUCCAAGGAGACUCCUCUACCUGGCCUCAAACUUGCCAUAUGUUCGUCCCAGAUAAUGAGCUUCCUGAAUUGAAAACUACGACCCUCAAUCUUGUAACCACAUCGGACAAUGAUGGAUGGAUUUCAAAAUUUUCUUCGUGGAAAACUACACUACAUGUUAUGGGAUAUGUUUUGCGUUUUAUUUCUUGUCUGAAAAGUAAACAAAGGAUUACACAUCCCCUUACCAGUGAAGAACUUGAGAAUUCUGACAAACGAAUUUGUUGGCUAAUUCAAAGCUCGUCCUUUAAGGAUGAAGUCGAACUGUUGCGCAAGAACAAAGUCUGUUCUGAUCGCAUUCAACGCUUAGCACCCUUUCUGGAUUCUGAAGGAAUUUUAAGAGUUGGAGGAAGAUUAAAAAACUCUAACUUGCCUUUUUCGGCAAAACACCCAAUAAUUUUGCCUAAACGUCAUCCUGUUGUACGUCAUCUCAUUGAUUUUUACCACAAGUCCAAUCUUCAUGUAGGACCUCUGCAACUACAAGCAAUACUCCAAGAGAAGUAUUGGAUAUUAUCGGCACGAAGUGUCAUCCGUUCUGUAAUAUUUGAGUGUAUUCGCUGCUUUAAGGUUAAACCUAGAACCACCUUCCCUUUAAUGGCUGACUUACCUUCAGGUCGAGUAAUUCCUACUAGAUGUUUCAACGUUUCUGCUGUUGACUAUGCAGGUCCAUUCACGGUGAAACUCUUCAAACUUCGAAAAGUACAACCCAUCAAGGUAUACCUCUGUUUGUUCAUCUGCUUCGUCUCCAAGGCAGUACAUCUUGAAGUUGUUACCGAUUUGUCUACAAACACUUUCAUUGCCUCACUAACAAGAUUUAUUUCUAGAAGAGGAUUAGUCUCUGAUCUCUACUCUGAUUGUGGCACUAACUUCAUUGGCACCAGCUCAACUCUUCGGAAAACCUUUGAAGAUCUGAUGAAAUCACCAGAAACUCAGCAAUAUGCUCAAGAUAACAGAAUUACCUUCCACUUUAAUCCACCCAAAGCACCUCAUCAAGGGGGAUUAUGGGAACGCGCAAUCAAGAGCGCUAAGUAUCAUCUUACUCGAGUCAUAGGUGACCAAGUUUUGACUUAUGAAGAGUUUAUCACUUUAACAACACGUGUAGAAGCUAUGUUGAACUCUAGACCAAUCACACCAUUAUCAUCUGACCCCAAUGACUUGGAACCACUCACACCAGGACAUUUCCUCACUGGAGGACCAUUAGUUUCUUUAAUUGAGCCUUAUCUUCUAGACUCUACACCUGUGCAGCAUUGGAGAAGAGUUCAAGCUUUCUCACAACACAUCUGGCGUAGGUGGAAUAGAGAGUACCUCCAAACACUUCAAGAGCGUUCCAAAUGGACCAAACCUCAGAAGAACCUAAAGAUAGGAGAUAUGGUUAUUAUACACGAUGACAACUUACCUCCACUGUCUUGGAAAAUGGGACGUAUCCUCGAAGUUUCUCCUGGCUCCGACGGAACCGUGAGAGUGGUAAAGGUCAAGACUUCAGGCAGAUCCUUAACCCGUCCUGCUGUUAAGGUGUCCUGCUUACCCUUACAAUAA